AUGGGGGUCCCUGUGAAACGACAGCUUGUGGUGGUCCCUCUCAUACUCUCUCUCAUCCUCGGCUCUUCCAGUGCUCAUGCCUGGCGACGAGCGCUACUCAGCGAGACCAAAGCAUCGCCGAGCGACGAUGCUGUCUCGUGGACGGCGACAUCGACGAACGGGCCCAACGCGCCUCGCGAACUGCUCGAAAAGGCUCAUGUGCUCGCCAAAAGCGUGCCGAAUUCUCUCGUGAUUUCUGGCGCUGCGACCGCUACACCAGCACCCGCACCUGCACCCGCGUCGGAAGACACUACUGACGGCGCUCCUUCCGCUCCUCAUAAUCCCGCAAAUGGCGGCGCUGCAGGAUCCGGAAAUGCCAAGCCCCGUGGGCCGGGAAAAAAGCGUGGAGGAAAAGGAGGAGCAAUUGGCGCCGCAUUUAACGUAGCCAGCGCCAAAAAAGGGAACGCAUUCGUGAUCCCUGGUUUCAAUCUCAAGGGCCGAAAACGCGGCGGCCGCGGCGGCAAAGGCAAGUCAAAGGGGAAUAAGCAGCGAGGUGGCAGUGGCGAUACUAACGGCGCGAAUCCCGGGGAGGAUGGUGGCGCGGACGGUGGGAUUGAGGGAGAGGAAUCUGGAGACAACGAAGCAGGAGAUGAUAAUGGUGGUGACAAUGGCGGUGACAACAAUAGUGAUGACUCUUCGAAUGGCUGUCCUGAUGGUGGUGAUACUGGUGGCAACGAUGACGAUGGUGGCAGCGGAAGCAUCGACAUUGCAACUAUCCUGGAGGAGCACAACAAGGCUCGGCAGGAAGUGGGUGUGCCCGACCUCGCAUGGGACGACGCAGUUGCAGCAUCGGCAGCGGAGUGGGCGAGUGAACUGGUGUCGCUCGGCUGCCCCCUGGAGCACGGCGGAGCAGAGGGGCUCGGGCAGAACCUCUACUGGCUCUCGCCCGCUGCUCUCACCCCGGAGGAGGAUCGUGGGGCAGUGCAGUCAUGGGUGGAGGAGAAGGCGGACUGGACCCCCAGCCCCAUUCCCGACGGGUGUGCGGAUGGCAAGAUGUGUGGGCACUACACGCAGGUGGUGUGGCGGGACACCACUCAUGUCGGCUGCGCCUCUGCUCAGUGCCCUGACGGCUCCGGCAUGUGGGUCUGCGACUACUCGCCCCCGGGCAACUUCGACGGCGAGAAUCCGUUCUAG